CAGCCGGAUGGGAAACUCCCGGGCAGUGGCCGGAAAGGGGCGAAGAACUAGGAGCCGAGGGAGGGCUUGCCGGCCUGAGGCUGAAGCUAGGCUGAGGCUGAGGCUGCGGUUGUGUUCUGGCAGGACCUGUUUGUGGGCGCUGGCUGAAAAGAUUGAAAUGAAGGGAUGAAAAGGAGGGGGAAGUCAGCGAAUACCGGUUAAAAAAGGAGGAAUGCACAGCUGAUGGGUGAAGUCUAGGCUCUACCGUAUUUAAUCCCCGAGUUAACGAGCAUUUAUUCAAUCGUUUCCAAUUUUCUCUGCACCUUGUUGGGUAAGUUAGCAUUCUCACUUGGAUCAGUUGGUAAAGAAGUCUGAUUAGGUUUUACUUUCUUCAUCUGACAUCGUGGUUUCAAACAUAAUUUAGGGAAUAUCCUGGCGCCUUUAUCCUAAUGUUCCUUGGUGGAUUUUAGAAGAUGUUGGAAGAUAUGCACAUUGAACAAAACCAAAAAUUCUGAAACAUGGUCACCCAACAGUAAUAAGUAAUCUUUAGGGGAAGAAAUUGCAUGAAACUAAGAAUUUAUUUUUGUGGUGAUUCUGGAACAACUUUACCUUGCUCCUCUGCUGAAGUCUAUAAAAACUAUUGCAACUGGUAAGUUUUUGGCGGACACAACAUCUUUGUUUGUAUGUGGUGCUGAGGAUUGAACCUGGGCCGCACGCAUGCCAGGCGAACGCACUACCGCUUGAACCACAUCCCCAGCCUUGAUCGAUUCUUUGAUAAAAAGACUAAAAUGAAAUAUAGUAACCUCUGUUUUCUUCCAAAGCCUUAUUGGACUCAUUGUCACUGGGACUGGUGGCCAGUCAUAGGCUGGUUCUCUGUAAUCUCCAUUAUCCAAAGUGUCUUUGGCUGUGGAUGGAGAACUACUCCGGUGAGAAGAUCCUCCUCCUCUAUACUUGGACCUUCAUUGUUAGCAGCUGCUUCUUUUAAUGGUAGGGGAGGAAGGCAUAUUAGAGAUGCUCCUCUGUUGUUCUCUAUUUGGGGAAAGUUUGGCCUGGCGGAUCUGUUUGUGAUACAUCAGUGGACAUGGCCACAGGAACUCCAGCCUUCCUGAGCCUGGAUGCCCAGCAAGACCCUAAUGAAUUGAAGACGAUCCUUCAGGAGCUCAAGUACAGAAUUGGCAUUCAGUCGGCCAAGUUACUUCGGCAGCUGAAGCAGAAAGAUAGGCUUUUGCAUAAACUACAGAGGAACUGUGAUAUUGUGACUGCCUGCCUGCAGGCUGUGUCUCAGAAGAGAAGAGUUGAUACAAAAUUGAAGUUCACUCUUGAGCCAUCUUUAGGUCAAAAUGGUUUUCAGCAGUGGUAUGAUGCUCUCAAGGCUGUAGCCAGACUAUCAACAGGGAUACCAAAGGAAUGGAGAAGAAAGGUUUGGUUGACCUUGGCAGAUCAUUAUUUGCACAGUAUAGCCAUUGACUGGGAUAAAACCAUGCGUUUCACUUUCAAUGAAAGGAGUAAUCCUGAUGAUGAUUCGAUGGGAAUUCAGAUAGUCAAGGAUCUUCACCGUACAGGCUGCAGUUCUUACUGUGGCCAAGAGGCUGAGCAGGACAGGGUUGUGCUGAAGCGGGUGCUGCUGGCCUAUGCCCGAUGGAACAAGAAUGUCGGGUACUGCCAAGGCUUUAACAUCCUGGCUGCGCUAAUUCUGGAAGUUAUGGAAGGCAAUGAAGGGGAUGCAUUGAAAAUUAUGAUUUACCUGAUUGAUAAGGUACUUCCUGAAAGCUAUUUUGUCAAUAAUCUCCGGGCAUUAUCUGUGGAUAUGGCUGUCUUCAGAGACCUCUUGAGAAUGAAACUCCCUGAAUUAUCUCAGCACCUGGAUACUCUUCAGAGAACUGCAAACAAAGAAAGUGGAGGUGGAUACGAGCCCCCACUUACGAAUGUCUUCACGAUGCAGUGGUUUCUGACUCUCUUUGCCACGUGUCUCCCUAAUCACACAGUUUUAAAGAUCUGGGAUUCAGUCUUCUUUGAAGGUUCGGAGAUCAUCCUAAGGGUGUCACUGGCCAUCUGGGCAAAAUUGGGAGAGCAGAUAGAAUGUUGUGAAACAGCAGAUGAAUUCUAUGGCACCAUGGGGCGCCUCACCCAGGAGAUGCUGGAGAAUGACCUUCUGCAAAGCCAUGAACUCAUGCAGACUGUUUAUUCUAUGGCACCGUUCCCUUUUCCACAACUGGCAGAGUUGAGGGAAAAGUACACCUACAACAUUACACCCUUCCCAGCCACAGCUAAACCCACUUCAGUUUCUGGACGACAUGGUAAGGUGAGAGACAGUGAUGAGGAGAAUGACCCAGAUGAUGAAGAUGCGAUUGUUGAUGCCGUAGGGUGUCUUGGACCUUUCAGUGGGCUCCUGGCACCUGAACUGCAGAAGUACCAAAAGCAGAUGAAAGAACCAAAUGAGGAGCAGAGUCUGAAAUCCAAUAAUAUUGCAGAGCUGAGUCCAGGAGCCAUCAACUCCUGUCGAAGUGAAUACCACGCGGCAUUCAACAGCAUGAUGAUGGAACGCAUGACCACAGACAUCAGUGCCCUGAAGCGGCAAUACUCGCGGAUCAAAAAGAAGCAGCAGCAGCAGGUCCACCAGGUGUACAUCAGGGCAGGCUCUAAAGAAGAAAAAGACCAUGGGUUCUUUUUAGGCCCCGAGAAGCAGGCAGUCGUCGAUGACAAAGGACCAGUGACCAGCAUUCUCCCAUCUCAGGUAAACAAUUCUCCAGUUAUAAACCACCUUCUUUUAGGGAAGAAGAUGAAAAUGACGAACAGAGCUGCCAAGAAUGCAGUCAUUCACAUCCCUGGUCAUGCAGGAGGCAAACUGUCUCCUGUCCCCUAUGAAGAUCUUAAAACAAAGCUCAACUCUCCAUGGCGAACUCACAUCCGAGUCCACAAGAAGAACAUGCCGAGGAGCAAGAGUCACCAGGGCUGUGGGGACACCAUAGGGCUGAUUGAGGAGCAGAACGAGGGCUGUAAGACCAACAGCCUGGGGGCAGCAGAGGAGUUUUCCUCCAGGUGUGCAGCCCCCGCUGCAAAAGAAGGCAGCAGCUCUGAAGGUGGCAUCGGUAGGACAAUUGAAGGACAGUCUCCAGAGCCCGUGUUCGGGGACGCUGAUGUCGAUGUGUCUGCGGUUCAAGUGAAGUUAGAAGCCUUGGAACUGAACCAAAGGGAUGCUGCUGUUGAAACUGAGCCCAAGGUGCAUCCGCCCUGCCAACUGCAUGUUCCAGAGCUACCAGAUGCCCCUGGAGAAAUCAAAGCCACCAGCAAACCUCCCCAAGGCAGCCACUCAAAAACCCCCAUCUUUAGCCCUUUCCCCAGUGUGAAGCCACUGAGGAAAUCAGCCACUGCCAGGAAUUUGGGAUUAUAUGGUCCAACAGAAAGAACCCCAACCAUGCACUUUCCUCAGAUGAGCAGGAGCUUCAGCAAAUCCAGCGGCGGGAAUAGUGGCACUAAAAAACGAUGAUAUCUCCUGGCCACUGUGCUGGACUCGCCUCUGCGCGCUGUGUAAGGGUUCCAGCUGCACCCGUCCGGUUUCAUUUGCCAGUGAAGAUGAAUAAGGAGGUUCAGAGAUGAGCAACAACAUCCCAUAAAGCUGGGAACGGAGAGUUUUAUGAUGGAACUGGAGUAGGGAUGUUUUCUCUCCACUGGAGAACUGAUGGAGUGGACUUUCAUGACAGAAUUAAUAUUGUGGUUUUAAAGUGUGAAGUUUUCCCAAUUUUUCCGUGUGAGCUAUUUAGAAAAGAUUAUAUCUAGACUGUUAAGCCUUCUUUUGUCCUGUCCUGAGGGCCUUUCAGGAUCCCUGGGACAAAAACCCCCAAACCUUCCAGUUCUCUGGGUGUUACCCAAGCAUGCACACACCAGCUUGCUAGAACAGAAAACUGUAAAAAGAAAAUAAGUUUCUCAUUUGCAAAAACUUCCUGAUUUUCCUCUUCCUGCUCUAUUGGGGGUGGUGGAGGGGACGUUUUGUGUGUGUGGAUUUUCCCUCAGUACCUGUCUCCAAAUUGUUUUUUGAAUUCUUAUGCUAAAGCAUAGGAGAAAAAUUGGUAACCUUUCUGUUUCUACUGCCAAAAUGAAGAAAACCUUUAAUCUGUUAAAAUUUAGGUUGAUAACCAAAUUGAAGGUCAUAUGCAGAGAACAGAAGUUAAUAUGCAUUAAUCAAUCACCCUGAACUGCUUGCUAAUUCCACUCAGCUUCCCCACCCCAGGUUCAUUUUCUCCUCUCUAGAAGAGCAUGAGUCCUCAGUGGUACAGAAGACUCGAUGGCUCUGCAGGGAGCUUCUCCUGCGUCCUCAGCCAUGCAGCUCAUUUACCUACCAGCUCUCCAUGGCAGGUGCACACAGCUUCUGCUCAAAAGCCAGAACAUAGCACCUGCGACUCUGUUACUUGAAUUUUGUGCUUUUUUUUUUUUUUUUUUUUGAUUGGAGUACUUUGUUACUUGAACACUGCCUUUCUCUGGAGAAGGACCCAGUGCUUUCUAGCUCUCUCUCACCCACUCCACUCCUGCCCUGGUCCCAGUGGGUCAGAGAUAGCACCUUUUGUCUCCACUAUGCAGUUGGGAACUCUGAGCCACACAGAGGUGAUAUAGCACUUCAAUUUACUCGAGGUAAAUACUUCAGUAUUCCUUGUGACUUAGCCACGUGGAAACUUAGCCAGUGCAGUAGGUGGGCUUAGUGCUCUUUGUGCACAGAUACACUGACUACAGAGCUUGAACCACCCAAGACUGGGGAGCCAUUCACACUCUCUCCUGACUCCAAGGCUCCAAGGACUUCUCUCUAGAUGUUCAAGUCCUGUGAUGAUGUUUCAAAAAACCAGCUCUGACCUCUUUACCCUGAAAAGGUAGUUCAUUUUAAAAUGCUUCAUGUCCCCGCCCUUUGGCUGAACAAAUGGAUCAGUCCUCAAUCCCCUUCUCCUGACCAGCAUUGGAAGAAUGGAUUGACAUCUUUAUCUUCACCUCUGAAAGACCUUGGCAGUGCUUACAGGAAUAUUGUUGAUGCCAUGAAUAUGAACUUGAUCUAAUUGGUUUGCUAAUUCUGAAGCCAAAACUAUAAUUGUAGAGAAGGUUUUUUUUUUUUUUUUUUUUUUGUUAACUAGGAGAGGUACUGAUUUUUAUAAUAAAAUAGAGUGUGGUUAUGUGGACUUUUAAAAACAGAAAAUGCAAGAAUGACAUAUACCAUGAGAAAAGCCAUUUUUUCCCCCUUUGUGGUAUUUUUACCCCCAAAGGAACUGAAGAUGGGAAGCAUGACUAACAAGUGAUUGCAGUUUGAGCCUUGAGUCUGUGCCAUCUGCAUGCAGCUUCUUAGCAAGCAGCUAUACCCACAGCCUGUUUCCCUGGGAAGGUAGUGGGCGGAGAGUCGGGCUGACUUUGCCUACCACCCCCAGGAAUUGAGACCCACUGCAUUUAACAAAGUUAAGUAAAUGGCAUGAUUUUCUCCCUUCUGUUAAUUUUGCAGAUAAGAAUGAUUCCACCUCUUCCCCCUCCCUCCAGUCCCACAUGCCUCACAAUGGUCACAUUCCCCUUGAAGGUUGUUCAGCUUGAACAGGGAAUUGUUCUUUCCUCUCAGGAGUCAGAUCGCUGUCUCGUGGUUGGGGACGACGGGUGGUGAGGUGGAGCUGUCCACUGGCUAUCUUAGUGUUGGCCCUGUCAUGAUCUCUUCUCACCUACUCUGGGGCUGGCCUUCCUGAAGAGAGGACAGAUAAGCUGGCACAUAGUUUGGGAUAACUAAUGGUUGGAUGAAUGAGCAACUGAAAGGGUAACAGUCCUUUGAGGUAAAAAUGACCUUGUCAGAAUUUUUUAAAUCCAGCAGUUUUCCUGUUAAAGCACUCUGUACCAAUAACACGUGCAUGCCUGGUAUCAAGUAAUCACGAUGCGAAUCCACCAACUUAUGAGUCUUGCCUACUUUAGAAAAUAAAGAAAUGUGCAGUAGCCUCUACCACUCAGCAUGUACCAAGACCAGUACGGACUUGCUCUCUUCCCCACGUAUUGGACUGUAUGCAAACACCAGAAGUUCUUAAUGAUUAGCAGUUCCUUUAUUCUAGAUAAGUCUACCCUCUCAGCACCUUUUCUGGGAGUCAAUUCUGCACCUCAGUCCUCUUUAAAAAGCCUCCAGAUGAUCUAAACCUAGUUUGUAAUGUCGACCUAUGGGCUGUAACUGUUUAAAAUCCUGUAUUCCUGUUUUUUUUUUUUUUUUUUUUUUUUAAUUUUUUGGUCUCUUUUGUCCUGAAGAGUUGUACUGAUUACAAAGACAUAUGCAUAAAAAUUCUCAUUGUGUGGUGGUUGUUGCAUUUUCUGUCUGAGAGCAUGCAUGAAAUACUGUGGUGACCUUUCCUCUUCUUGUCACUCCCUCCUUUGCUUCCACUUGGUCACGUGAACCAGGGAACCAGCCCAGUGAGCUCUAUGUCCCCCCAGUCCAAUCACUGGGUUGCAGGGUGUCCAUGACCCACUCCCAAUUUGGCAGAAUCGCUGGUUCCCAAAUGUAACUAAACAGGGUGUGUGUGUAUUUGUGCGUGAACAUAUACAUGUACACAUGUAGAUUAUCCUUUAGACCUACCCUCUUCCUUUGUUUUAAUAAAAUAGAACAAUAAGAAUCCAAUUGAACUUCAUGGUCUUGAGGAGUUUAAAUGAAUAGAGAGCUGUGACCAAGUGUGCAGCUGCUACUGUCUCCCAUUAGAAUCUCUUUACGUUUCUGAACUACUUUCUUUGCAGUCUACAGCAGUCAUUUGAGGUAGUGUUUAAAGUAUGUUAGUUUUCCUAAUCAGAAAAGUAAUACAUCUCUUAGAAGAUUUAGAAGACACAAAGCACAAGGAAUCAUCGAUAUUCUGGCAUAGAUAUUUCUAACACAUCCUAGUGUGUGUGAGUGUACGUGUGCGUGCGUGUGUGUGUGCACAAUUAUCUGCAAAAAAAAAUGUAUGUUGAACAUACUAGUUUUAGCUGUUUUUCCAAUAAAUUCUUUUCUGCAGCACCA